AAUGGCAUAUCCCUUGUCGCUUAUUCUAUCACUCAUGUUGUCCAUGAGCCCGGAGUCAGGAAUAGUGAAACUACCUCGAGCGUGUCUGCCAGAACACUACGAGUUGGAAAUUGAUUUGAGCAACUCGCACGAUGCCAUUCCUGAAGUCAAAGGAAAUGUUCAAAUACGGAUUAACUGUGUGGCAGAUACUAACAACCUGACAGUCAAUUGGAAGCAACUUUUUAUUGCUGAAGAUAGUGUAUCUAUAACUACAUUUGACGACAAAAAAUCAAAAAAUCUCAUUAAAGUCUCGAAGGUUAAUUAUCAACCAGAUAGGGAUUUUAUCGUAUUUACUUUUGAUCAGACACUUAAGAAGGGAUCAAAAUACGUAUUAGACAUCAAUUUCGCUAACAUUCUUGAACUACAAUCAACGGCCCUUUAUAAAAGUUCCUACUACGACUCAACGGAGGAAUCGAUCAUAUCAACAGUGCUAACAAACUUGUACCCAAUGAAUGCUCGAAUGGUCUUCCCCUGUUUCGAUGAACCAGAUUUGAAAGCUACUUUCAAUUUGAGCCUUAUAUACAGUCCAUUUUAUAAUGCAAUCAGCAAUCUGGUUUAUGUUGAAGAUCGUAACAAAAAACACAGCUCUGAAACAAGUGCAUGCCGCAAAUUCUCCAGUCAAUCUCCGAUAGCACCACACCAGUUGGCGUUCUCAAUCAACAAUUACGGUGAAAUGGAAGAAACUGAAUCGCACAAUCUAGUAAUCGAAGGAAUAACCAAUGACCACUUUGAGGAAUUGGCAACCGCCGUUAAUUACACUGCGUUUCUGAUGGAGCGUUUCAACGAUGUUUUGGGUGUUGAAUAUCCAUCCGAAAAACUUACACUAAUGACAAUUAAUGGAAAUUCGUGGGAAUUCUCCGGUGGAAAUGGUCUCCUAGGAGUUCCAAAUGUAAUAAACGAUGAAGAACAUCUCAGCAUACAUCUGGCACGGGGCUUGAUCCGGCAUAUUCUCAGCAGUCGGUUGACGUUGAACUCCUGGACCGAACUAUGGCUUGUGGAAGGUCUGGCGUGGUAUAUUGGUUAUGAAGUGCUCGCCGACAAAUAUCCCGAAGCUUCGGCACAAUGCUGGGAGGUCUCCAGACUUGAUUCAAAAUUAACCCUGCAGACGAACUAUAGCAUUGUAAGUUCAUCACUGUUGAACGAAAUCGGACUUAGUGCGUUUUGUGUGUUCAGUGACUUGGCGAGUUUUAUUGGAAAGACAAGUUUUAUACGUGGGAUUAAACUUUUAAUUGAUAGCAGCAGUAAAAAAGAAAUUGAUGUAGAAACUAUUUCUAACAGUUUCGUUAAUGCUUUUCUACAGAAAAGAGAUUUGAUGGAAGUUUUUGAAAAACGAUCUACGAACGUUGAAGCACCGGUCCUUAAUGUCACUCGAAGCGGAAAUUCAAUGGCAAAGUACCAGUUGUCUAUCGGAUCAUUCAACCAAAGUAACACCUGUCAACCGUUGAAAGUAUACUUCGAGAAAACUUCUUCCUUGCUCAACUGUAGUAAACUCACAAUAGAGUUAAACACAAUACCAACAAAUUUCAGUAAACUCUCUCAGUUAAAGGUAUUGUAUGACAUUCCAACGUAUGAAUUGAUAGCGAAGCAACUAGCUGGUCCGAACAAUGUCUCUACGUACGACCGGAUUCAGCUUAUCCAAGAUGCGCUGGAAUUUGCUUGGAUGGGUACUGUGAACUACUCGGUAGUUCUAAAGUUGAUCAACUAUCUUCGGAAUGAAACGGAUUACUAUUCAUGGCAGGCAGCAUUAUACCACUUCGAUCGUAUUUGGAAUAUUUUAGGAGAUGACCCAAGAAAAAACGAAUACGAAAAGUUUCUCAGAAUGCUCGUAUCUCCAAUCUAUGGCAAAUUGAAGGCUUGGAAAGAAGCUGAUAAACUUUCAGAGAAAACUCGAAAUCUGCAUUCGCUGCUCUCUAUUUGGGCUUGCCGCUUGAAUCUGGACAACUGUUCAAGUAUUUUACGAAAUAUUGCCAACAAUGGCAACAUGCCACUUUAUUUUAUGACAGCACUACUCAGAGAAGCGACAACAUCAACGAAUAAGACCGUAUGGAACAUGGAAAUCAACAAGACCAAUACAAAAAGUCAAAUAUCAGUCAAAAUUGAUCAUCAAAUCGCUUGAAGGUGCUGGAUCGUUAAUUUUCAAUCCCAUCUUAAGAGAAAUCUUCGGAAGUAUUUCUCCACCAAACGACGCUGAUUUCCCCAGUUCAUCAUCAAAUGAGCUGAUAUGGUUCUAUAUUACCAAUGACGCGACAAAUCGAAACAUAAUUCGAUUGCUGGCUGAGCGAAUUGUUUCCGAAGAUGACUACGAAAUGCUUCGACGUGUGGAAAAUAGCUCGAGCAAUGACGAUAUAAAAAGCGAAGUGCUGAAUAUCAUUCGCUCCAAUUUGGAUUGGGUGAAAAAGCGAAAAGAAGAGUUUAUUCUGUCAGUAUCAAAAUUCAAACCCUGAUGUU